AUGUCCUACCGCCCCCAAGAUGCGUCGGACCCGUAUACAUUAGCGCCAUCGCGUCCUGCGCCUGCGCCCCCGUCAUUUGGGCGCGGCAACGGCGAUGCGUACGCUGACCUGCCUGGCUCGCCGGCGAUGAGCAGUGCCCCGUACAGCCCCCGGCUCGGCAGCGGGGCAGCGGGCACCUUGCACCCCAGCCCUGCAAUGAGCGGCGCAAGCCCGAAUGCGACGAGCAUUCUGCGCAAGGGGUACGUGAGCGUCAAGGAAGACGGCCUGCGGAGCUGGAUCUGGAGCAAGAAAUGGCUGGUGCUCCGCGACACGACACUCCUCUUUCACAAGAACGAGUCGACAUAUCAGGCGUCGACGAUCAUUAUACUGCGCGACGUGACCAACGUGAGCCGCACCGACUUGAAGCCGUACUGCAUCGAGAUCGAGACCAAGGACAAGACGUACUUUUUGCAGCUCAAGAGCGACGACGAGCUCUAUGCGUGGAUGGACGACAUCUACCACCGCACGCCGCUCGGCGCCUCGUCGCCGACCGACUUUGUGCACCAGGUGCACGUCGGCUUCGACCCGGUCAGCGGCUCGUUUACCGGCCUGCCAGAGCAGUGGACCAAGCUGCUGACCAAGUCGGCCAUUACCAAGGAAGACUACGCCAAGAACCCUCAGGCAGUGCUCGACGUGCUCGAGUUCUACACCGACAUCCAGAAGGGGCAGCGCGACGACUUCGGCCUGGGGUCACCCACGAUGAACAUCCACCCCGGAUCGUCGGGGCGCACGGCAAUGAACAGCGUCGACACGCCGUACGCUGCGCACCCCACGAUGCAUGCGCAGCUCAAGCCCGCGCCGAUGCCGUUCGACGCGUACGACCCCCGCCGUGCGCCGCCACCCGCACCGGUGCCGAGCCGUGUCGCACCACCUGCGCCGUCGCCGAGUCUCGCGAAGCAGACACCGCUUCCUGCGCUGCCCGGCAUGGAUGAUGGCACCGCCGCGAUGCUCCCGCCGCACACGCCAGACACGAGCCACCAGACAGAGAGCGAUACCAGCAACCUGUCCUUUAUGGCGCAGUCGAUGCGCCUCUCGGACGAGCAUCUCCAGCGCCAGCUCCAGGAGCGCGAAGAGCAGCGUGAGCGCCAGCGGAUCCAGCAGCAGCAGCAGCAGCAGCGCGAGCAGCAGCAGCGCGUCGCCGCCGCCGCCGAGCGCCAGCGUAUCGAGGCCGCGAUGGCGCAGCAGCACCAUCACCAGCAGCAGCAGCACCACCACCAGCAGCAGCAGCAACAGCAACAGCAGCAGAGCUACGCCUCGCCGCAGAUGGCGUCGCCCGUGAUGCCGUCGAUGCCCGCCGCGCCGCGCCCCACUCAGCCGCAAUCAGCCGCGGAUGCGUACCAGCGCCCGGCGGCAGAUGUGCCGCUGCGGCAGCAGUCGACGCGCCCCAGCCAGGUGCCCGGCAGGGAGCCUGCGCCGACGUCGGCGCGCAUUGUGGACAAGCGCAUCAGCACGCUCACCGAGGGCCAGAUUAUGGAUAUGCUGCGCAGCGUCGUGAGCCGCGAGGACCCCAAUCUGCUCUACAGCAAGGUCAAAAAGAUUGGGCAAGGCGCGUCUGGCAGUGUGUACGUCGCGAAAGCGCUUGCGACAGGCCAGCGUGUCGCGAUCAAGGCCAUGGACCUUGCGCACCAGCCGCGAAAAGAGCUGAUUAUCAACGAGAUCCUUGUGAUGAAAGAGUCGCAGCACCCCAACAUUGUCAACUUCCUCAACUCCUUCCUGGUCCGCGACUCGGACCUGUGGGUGGUGAUGGAGUUUAUGGAGGGCGGUGCGCUAACCGAUGUGAUCGACAACAAUACACUGGAGGAGGAGCAGAUUGCUGCGAUCUCGCUCGAGACAUGCAAAGGGCUGGAGCAUUUGCACAACCAAAACAUUAUCCACCGCGACAUCAAGAGCGACAAUAUUCUGCUGAACAACUUGGGCCAGGUGAAGAUCACCGACUUUGGCUUCUGUGCGAAGCUGACGGACCAAAAGAGCAAGCGUGCGACCAUGGUCGGCACGCCCUACUGGAUGGCGCCCGAGGUGGUGAAGCAGAAAGAGUACGGGGCCAAGGUCGACAUUUGGUCCCUGGGUAUUAUGGCGAUCGAGAUGAUCGAGAACGAGCCGCCGUACCUGGACGAAGAACCACUCAAGGCGCUCUACAUGAUCGCCACGAACGGCACACCCACACUCAAAAAGCCCGAAAAGCUCUCGCGCGAGCUCAAGGGCUUCCUCGCAGUGUGCCUGUGCGCCGACGUCAAGAGCCGUGCCACGGCGGACGAGCUCUUGCAGCACGAGUUCCUGCGCAAGGCGUGCCCGAUCUCGGAGCUGCCGCGGCUACUCCACUUCCGGAACAAGGAGCGAUAG